AUGGAGCAGUACAGAAACAGAACCACACUGGACCUCAGAGGCCUGAUCAGUGGAAACGUCUCAGUGCAGAUCUCCUCUGUGAAGAUGUCUGACAGAGGAGAUUACACAUGUUUCAUCCCCAAACUGAAAAGCAGGUGCAUCAUCACCCUGCAUGUUGUGGAACAGAGGAAUCACGUCAGUGCUGCGGCUCGUCUGGAGAACAACUCCCCAUCCAACCAGCCGGGGAAAGGAAGAAGGUUCGUCAGCAUGUUGCUGGUUCUGGUUCUGAUGUGGACUCAGCUGCUGCUCGCAGAAUCGUCCUCUGGUGACCACGAGCUCCGACUCCUCCCCUCUCGCCGCUCCCUUCACCUCCCCCCGCGUCUCCUCCCUCAGCACCACUUGAGUGAUCAGCAUCACAAUGUCGAGGAGUCCCGCUACCUCCAUCUUCAUCAUCCCCUUCAUCAUCAUUUUCACCACCAUUUGGCCAAAGUGAUGCCGGCCGCCCUCCUGGAGUCUCGCUUCCGUCAGCAGCCCGGCGUCCAGCGAGCCGUCAACUUGCUGGCACGGCCACAUCACGAGGUGCAGCCGGAGCACGCCGCCAUCUCUGCACGGCAUCUGGUUACCGUGUACCUGGCCGUGGACGUGCGGCGGCUGAACGUCAGUCUUCUUCGUUGGUUUCGAGAAGGUGUAGCGGCAGCGCUUGGUGUUCCUGCAGGACGCGUUCACAUCAACCGGCUGAAUGAGGAGAAGAAUGGCAUCGAGCUCUUCGUGUCCUCUGAUAGGCUGGGGAUCUCCGAGCCCCGCCCUGCCGAAGAGGUCAUCCAAUCACUGAACGUCCGGGUCCUCCACCGCCACCUGGGACACUUCGGCAUCACCGAGGUCUCGACUGAGAAGAACGUCCUGCAGGGGGAGCAGAGGGAUCACGUGUGGACCACAGAAGGGUUUUACACUGUCGUCCUCUUCUUCACCAUCUUCGUCAUCGUCAUCACCUGCUUGAUGGUUCUGUAUCGACUCAGAGAGAAGGUUCAGGUUUCUGACACAGAACUGAAAGCUCCGCCCUCUAAUCGCCACCUGACGCUCACAAUCUCUCCUGACUCCGCCCACAGGUCAAAGGGCACAAAGGUCGUCUCAUCAGGAAGCAUGGUCCAAGCUGAGCUCCCUCCAGCUGCCGCCACGCCCAUUCCCCUGCAGCAGCCAAUCACAGCCUGCCGUCGCCUCGCUCCACCUGUCGUCCCUGUGCCCAGUCCCGCCCCUGCCCCUGUCGUCAUCAACAGCGUCGCCUCGGCGACGACCAACAACGAGCUCAAGCCUUGCCCCUCCCCCUUCAGGAUGAAACCUGCUGCAGGACUUCAAGAAAGACGUGGUUCCAACGUGUCUCUGGUGUUGGACAUGACGUCUCUCGGCUCUGUGGAGCCGCUCAAUGUUUCGGUGGUGACCCCCAGAGAGUCGGCAGCGAGGGAGUACCUGACGUCCGCCAGCCGGCCGCUGACGAGGCCGCAGCUCCAAGACCUCGCCAACAACACGGACAAGCUGCACGCCGAGUUCACUGAAAUUCCCAUGAACUUCACUGACCCCAAGGAGCUGGACAUUCCAAACCAUGGCACCAAGAGCAGAUACAAGACCAUACUACCAAAUCCUCAUUCUAGGGUGAUCCUGAAGUCCAAGAGCUGCAACGACCUGCUGAACUCCUACAUUAACGCCAAUUACAUACGAGGUUACCUAGGCGACGAGAAGGCGUACAUCGCCACUCAGGGUCCCAUGGUGAACACGGUAAACGACUUCUGGCAGAUGGCGUGGCAGGAGGAGUCGCCCGUCAUCGUAAUGAUCACCAAACUAAAGGAGAAGAACGAGAAGUGUGUUCUGUAUUGGCCGGAGAAGAGGGGGAUCUACGGGAAGGUUGAAGUGUUGGUGAACAGCAUCAGAGAGUGCGAACACUACACAACUCGCAGCCUCGCACUCAAGUGUGGGAAUCAAACUCGCGUGCUGCAGCAUUACUGGUACACAUCAUGGCCUGACCACAAAACCCCUAAUUCAGCAAUGCCGCUGCUGCAGUUAAUGUCUGAUGUAGAGACGGAUCGACGGACGGCCGCCGCCAUGGGACCAGUUAUUGUCCAUUGCAGUGCUGGGAUUGGCCGGACAGGUUGUUUCAUUGCUACAACGAUCGGCUGUCGCCAGCUGCAGCUGGAGGGAGCGGUGGAUGUGCUGAGCAUCACCUGCCAGCUCCGAGCGGACAGAGGUGGUAUGAUCCAGACAGCUGAGCAGUACGAGUUUGUGCAUCACGCUUUGAUCCUGUACGAGGCCCGCCUCUCCACAGAAACUGGCCAAUGA